GCUGCUGAUUGCAGGAUUUAGGUAGCGAGGUAUAACAAUUGUUUUGGUUACUAUUAUUGUAUGAGAUCUUAGUGUGUAGAUAACAAAAAUAAUUAGGAAUUUAGUACUUACGCGUGGGACAAAGCAAUUAUGAUAGUAUGGCUGUCGUAAUAGAAACCACAAUAGGAGAUUUUACCGUUGACUUAUACACCGCUGAACGACCGCAAACGUCUCGCAAUUUUCUGAAGUUAUGCAAAUUAAAGUAUUACAACUGGAACUUAUUCCAUUCCGUUCAGAACAAUUUUAUUGCUCAAACUGGAGAUCCUACUGGUACUGGGAAAGGAGGGGAAAGUGUUUACGGAAUCGUGUUAGGCGAAAAAGCACGAUAUUAUGAGGGAGAGCAGAUGCCAAAGAUAAAACACGACAGAACUGGUUUACUCUCUAUGGUUAAUUGCGGUAAUAACAUGCUGGGCUCUCAGUUUUUUGUUACCCUUGCUCCUGAACUUCACUCCCUCGAUGGAAAACACUGUGUGUUUGGCGAGAUUACAGAGGGUUUAGAAAUUAUUUUUAAAUUCAAUGAAACAAUCUGCGAUGGAGAUCACAGACCUUAUCAGGAUAUACGUAUUUCUCACACUGUCAUUCUGGAAGAUCCUUUCGAGGAUCCCAAGGGUUUUAUGGUUCCUGAUCAGAGCCCACCACCUACAAGAGAAUGUCUUAUGAGCGACAGAAUUGGAGCAGAUGAAGUGAUAGAUGACACAGCCGGCAUGACAGCCGAAGAAAUUAUGGAGGUGCAGAAGGAGAAGGAGGCAAAGGCAAGAGCAACGAUAUUAGAAAUAGUGGGCGAUAUUCCCGAUGCUGAGAUGGCGCCUCCAGAAAAUGUUCUCUUUGUUUGUAAAUUAAAUCCUAUAACGAACGACGACGAUCUUGAAAUUAUUUUCAGUCGAUUUGGAAAAAUUGUUGGAUGCGAGGUUAUCAGGGAUCGACAGUCCGGUGAUUCUUUACAGUAUGCGUUCAUAGAGUUUGCGGAUCGGAAAAGUUGCGAGGAGGCUUAUUUCAAGAUGGACAACGUGUUGAUCGACGAUCGUCGCAUACACGUGGACUUUUCGCAGUCCGUAGCCAAAAUGAGAUGGAGGGGCAAAGGUAAGGGGAUACAGUAUUUCGAAGACAAGAACAACGAAGCAGGGAAUCAUGGUCGCAAGAAAGCUGGGUCUAAGAAUAAAAAGAGGGAUGAGACAAACGAUGACGUUAGGUAUGGAAAAGAGACCGACAGGAGGUACAACGAAGAAGCGCUGCAGCAUCGAAAACAUGAGCGGAGGAAAGAAUUCGAGAAAGAAGACUCGGAAUACUUUCGGAACGUGGGAAAGUACUCGGAGAAAGAAAAAUAUAGAGAAGGAAGGUACCGUGACGAUUCUUGCGAGGGGUACGAACACGAUGUAAGACGAAAGAAAGAGAGAAAGCGUCGAAGUAGAGAUCGAAGUAGUGAUCGAAGUAGAGAAAAGCACAGAGAUAGAAGCAGGGACAGAGAUCGAAGUAAAAAGGAAAGUCAUAAGGAACACAGAUCCAAUAAAAAACACUACGAAGAGAAAAAAAGGAGGGACAGGGAAAGCUCUAGUUCCAACAGCGACAGUUCGAGACAUGGAAGACACGAAGAGCGGCAUUCAAAUCAUAAAAAGAAACGGAACCGAGAUCGGUCCGCGGAAAAAUACGGGAAGGCAGAGAAGCACAAGCAAAAAAGGAAGUGAUGUAAAUAGUAUUCUUUAUAUCCAUGAUCCCGAGAUGUAUCAGAGAGAUGCAGAAAACCACCGCGCGGCAAAUAUGUAUAUUUUGUGAAAUAAUGGAUCUAGCAAUCGAUGCGCCAUUUUUUAAAAUAUACGCUUGUCUUUUCA